CCAACCUUGGUGGGAGAGGAGGAUCCAUGUGAGACGAACUAGUCACAUCCCGGCGCACGUUAGCAAUGAGAAGCUCCUAGAUUGGAACGACGAAGGUGAUUAGAAGGGCGGAAAUCUCAAAGAGCGCACACAGUCACUGCAACUAAUUUAUCCACCUCUUUCUUCUUUCCUUUAACUUAACUUCACUUUCUUCUCUAUAAGUUCCAUUGUUUCUCCCUCCCCUUCCGUUUCCAUUUCCUCUCACGCGCCAUGGACUCCUCCGCUGCCAUUCGAUCCUUUCACUAUCCCAUUGGCACUAUGUCCCAUAUGCGACCCUCCCUUGGGAAGCAAGUAUUAGUUCCCAUCCAUAAUGUCAGAUCAAACUCUAAAACUAGACUUUUCAUCCAGCAUUUUUCAUAUGGUCAGAAGCACAUUAACUUCCACACGAAGGGGAAGAACACACUAGUUUCAUGCGCAAAAACAGCUGAAGCUAUCAACAAAUCCAAGUCUGAUGUUACUUCAAAUAGCACUCCACAAGACUCAUUGGAGAAAAAGCCUUUGCAAAUAGCUACUUUUCCUAAUGGAUUUGAGGCUUUGGUAUUAGAGGUCUGUGAUGAGACUGAAAUUGCUGAACUGAAAGUAAAGGUUGGAGAUUUUGAAAUGCAUAUUAAGCGAAACAUUGGAGCAACAAAAGCUCCUUUGUCUAACAUCUCACCAACUACACCACCACCAAUUCCUAGUAAACCUAUGGAUGCAGCGGCACCUGCUACCCUGCCACCAUCACCACCAAAAUCAUCACCACAAAAGACCAACCCAUUUUCAAAUGCUUCCAAAGAGAAAUCACCAAGAUUGGCAGCAUUGGAGGCCUCUGGUAUCAAUAACUAUGUCUUAGUAUCAUCUCCCAGGGUUGGCUUAUUCCGAAGAGGUAGAACAGUGAAAGGGAAGAGGCAACCUCCUAUCUGUAAAGAGGGUGAUUUUAUCAAAGAAGGACAAGUCGUUGGGUAUUUGGAUCAGUUUGGCACUGGACUUCCUAUUAAGUCUGAAGUGUCUGGAGAAGUGUUGAAGCUACUUGUUGUCGAUGGAGAGCCUGUUGGUUAUGCAGACCCUCUUAUUGCUGUCUUGCCGUCUUUUCAUGACAUCAAAUUGUAGCAUAUUCUGAGAGUUGCCAAUCUAUUCAGUCACGUUCCUAAACGGUAAGGACAGAUUGUGAUGAAUCAUGUUUUAAAGCUAAAGCAUGAGAAAGUGAGAAACCAUUUUUUGUAUACUAGAAAGGGCUUGUGAAAUGAAAUCCGUCGCCUUCCCUGCCUAUCGAAAAUCAGGGGGUAUCUACGUGUAAAACAUUACACAUUGUUGUACUAUUCGAUAUUGUGUUGAAGAGAAAAGUUACUCUCUAACAUUUUUUUUAAUUAUUAUUGACUGUUGAUGGUUGAAAUAGGAUGAAAUAAAGUGGAACUAAAUUAUUGAUA